CCGGCCUGGCGCCCGCGGCUCCGGGGGGCCGCGGCCGCGGGCCGCCCUGGCGCCGGCGCCCGCCGCGGCCGGCGGCCCGCGAGCGGCCUGCCGGGUGACCCUGCAGCUCGACAUCCCAUCGGGGCCGCCGGGCGCAGGGCGCCGCCUGGCGGGCCGCUGCGCGGCCGGGGGGCGCUGGACGGCCUCGGGGCCUUCUACGGGAAGUUCGCGCGGCCGUUCAGCCGGGGGCGGCGCCGCAGGCGGGGAGCUCUGGAUCGAGGUGGCGCUGCCCGGCGCGGCGCUGGCCCGGCCGAGGCCCCCGCUCGGGCAUGCGCGGGCGAGGGCCCUGCAGGAGUUCCACAAGUGGGCUGUGGGCGCCGCCGGCAGGGCGGGGUGAUCCCUGGAGUCCCCUCGAGCCCGAGCGCGCGGUCGGUUGGGCCAACCUUCGAAGGACAACAAACGAUAUAAAACAUACACUCUCGUUUAUGUUUAUGCUGUUUUCUGUUCCUCUGCCUCGGGCCCGAGCGCGGUCGGCUGGGCCGACCCCUUUUGGGGGGAGGGGCCGCGGGGCUCCUUUCGCGGAGGAGCCGCCGAGGGUCGGCGGAGGUUCGUGAAUCGUCGAGCUCUUGGCGAAAGCCGGACCCUACCCCCAUCUCCCAUCGGUUCAGGAGACUCGAUGAUUGGUGGGGGUAGGUUCGGAUGUCGACACCUACAGGUGCAGGGUGCAGGGCCCAGUGCGAUCGGGAGCCUUGUCGGGCGGAUUGUGCUGCACGUGGCCUCGCGCGCACGGGAAGUGCGAGCCGCGCUCAGUAGUCGCGAUCAGCCCGACGCGAUUCUCAGUAGCGCUGACCCUGCAGCCUGCAGCUCGGAAGGCCUUCAGUGAGCGUCGG